ACCUCAAAGCCUGCAUGUAGAACAUCUACUGAGAAGUUGCUUUAAUCAGACAUCAGCUAAUUGGGGGAAAGAAACAGAACAGAAAACAUACAGCACUCCCCUGGUCUUGGAUGUAAGAGCACCCAGCAGCGAUGGACUGGCGCUUCGGGACAGCUGCAGUGCUGUUCAUUUUUCUGGUGGUGGUGGAAGUUAACAGUGAAUUUCAAAUCCAGGUAAGGGAUUAUAACACUAAAAAUGGCACCAUCAAGUGGCAUUCAAUCAAAAGGCAAAAGCGUGAAUGGAUCAAGUUCGCUGCAGCCUGUCGUGAAGGAGAAGACAACUCAAAGAGGAACCCAAUAGCCAAGAUUCAUUCAGAUUGUGCGGCCAACCAGCAAGUUACAUACCACAUCUCUGGAGUAGGAAUUGAUCAACCACCUUAUGGAAUCUUCGUUGUGAAUCAGAAAACCGGUGAAAUCAACAUAACAUCUAUAGUUGAUCGAGAAGUCACUCCAUUUUUCAUUAUUUACUGCCGGGCUGUGAAUGCUCAGGGCCAGGAUUUGGAGAGGGUUCUUGAGCUCAGAGUUAGGAUUUUAGAUAUAAAUGACAAUCCUCCCGUGUUUUCUAUGUCUACAUUUCUAGGGCAAAUAGAAGAAAACUCUAAUGCAAAUACGCUGGUGAUGAGACUCAAUGCUACUGAUGCGGAUGAACCCAAUAAUCUGAACUCGAAAAUAGCCUUCAAGAUCAUAAGCCAGGAACCUUCUGAUUCACCCAUGUUUAUUAUCAACAGAAACACUGGAGAAAUUCGAACAAUGAAUAAUUUUCUAGACAGAGAGCAAUACGGCCAAUAUUCUCUUGCCGUGAGAGGCUCAGACCGAGAUGGCGGGGCAGAUGGCAUGUCAGCACAGUGCGAGUGCAGCAUUAAAAUCCUCGAUGUCAAUGACAACAUCCCCUACACGGAACUGUCUUCAUAUUCCAUAACUGUCAAAGAAAAUGCUUUGUAUUCAGAAUUGCUCAAAAUUAGAGUCAUUGAUUUGGAUGAGGAGUUUUCUGCUAACUGGAUAGCAGUAAUUUUCUUUAUCUCUGGAAAUGAGGGAAAUUGGUUUGCAAUAGAAAUGAAUGAAAGAACAAAUGUGGGAAUUUUAAAGGUUAUUAAGCCCCUAGAUUAUGAAGCUGUGAAGAAUCUACAACUUAGCAUUGGUGUUAGAAAUAAAGCUGAAUUUCAUCAUUCCAUUAUGUCCCGAUACAAGGUCACAGCGACUGCAAUCUCAGUGACUGUGUUAAAUGUAAUUGAAGACUCAGUAUUCCGUCCAGGUUCAAAGACAUUUAUAGUAACUCGUAAUAUGGAACAAAAUUAUAAAGUGGGAGAAUUUGUAGCUAUUGAUCUGGAUACUGGUGGCCCUUCAACAACUGUUAGAUAUGUAAUGGGAAAUAAUCCAGCUGACCUGCUCGCUAUUGACUCAAAGACAGGCAUCAUUACUUUGAGAAAAAAAGUUACCUGGGAUCAAUAUCAUAUGCUUAAUGGGAAAUACAAAGGAACAAUUCUGUCUAUAGACGAUGCUCUUCAAAGAACUUGUACUGGUACAGUUCUUGUGAACCUAGAAGAUGGUGACUGGGAAAUUCUUAAAACUACUACUAUAAAAGCUGAUGACAGAGAUAAACCUGAACAUACUACUACUUUUAGUACUAUUAAAAACACAGAUGACAGAGUAAUAACAGGUGUGCCCCUUAUCAAAGAUAAUGUGCAUUUUGGUCCUGCUGGCAUUGGACUACUCAUCAUGGGAUUCUUGGUCCUAGGAUUGGUCCCAUUUUUGUUGAUCUGCUGUGAUUGUGGAGGUGCCCCCGGUGGGGGAGCCGGCUUUGAGCCUGUUCCUGAAUGUUCAGAUGGAGCAAUUCAUUCGUGGGCAGUAGAAGGACCACAGCCCCAGCUGAUGGAUUUGACACAAAUACCACUGGAUAAUGCAAAUGUGAUUGAAUGUGUUGACACUUCAGGGGUUUACACAAAUGAGUAUUGUGGUAGAGAAACGCAAGAUAUGGGAGAAGAAGAAAGAAUGAGAGGAUUUGAAUUAACUGAUGCAGUUAAAACACCACGAGGACCUGAGACAUGUCAAGAAUAUUCUGGAACAUUAAGAAGAAAUUCUAUGAGGGAGUGUAGAGAAGGAGGUCUGAAUAUGAACUUCAUGGAAAGUUACUUCUGUCAGAAAGCGUACGCUUAUGCAGAUGAAGAAGAAGGACGCCCAUCCAAUGACUGUUUGCUCAUAUAUGAUAUUGAAGGUGUAGGUUCCCCCGCUGGCUCUGUGGGCUGCUGUAGCUUCAUUGGAGAAGACUUGGAUGACAGCUUCUUGGAUAAUCUGGGGCCUAAAUUUAAGAAAUUGGCAGAUAUCACCCUGGGAAAAAGUGUUGAACCAUAUCCAGACCUUGAUCCCUCAUGUCCACCUGAGAGCACAGGACCAAUUUACCCUCCACAGGAAACAGAGCCCCUUGCUAGUGGGUGCCCUCCCCUCUCCCCAUGCUAUGGCACUACCACAGUCAUUUCUGAGAGCACCUACCCCUCGGGACCUGGUGUACAGCAUCCUAUGCCUAUUCCUGAUCCUCUAGGCUAUGGCAAUGUCACUGUGACCGAGUCUUAUGCCACCUCUGGCACUCUGAAGCCCUCUGUCCACAUUCAUGAUAACCGACAUGCCUCAAAUGUGCUGGUGACAGAGAGGGUGGUAGGCCCUAUCUCUGGUGCUGAUUUGCAUGGAAUGUUAGAGAUGCCUGACUUGAGAGAUGGCUCCAAUGUUAUAGUGACAGAAAGGGUAAUAGCACCAAGUUCAAGUCUACCCACCACUUUGACCAUCUCUGAUCCUAGAGAGUCUUCAAAUGUGGUAGUGACAGAAAGAGUAAUUCGACCCACUUCUGGCAUGAUGGGCACUUUGGCUAUGCACCCAGACUUAUCAAACGCCCACAACAUGAUUGUGUCAGAGAGGGUCGUCUCUGGCUCUGGUGUAACUGGAAUUAGUGGCCCAGCUGGGAUAAUGGGAGGCAGUGGCACAGUCAGCAGUGGCUUCAUUGGCAGUGAAGCUGGAAUAAGUGGUGGUGGCAUCAUGCUGAGUAGUCUGGAAGGAGGCGGGGGCCUGAGUAGCAGCAUGGGGAGGACAGCCACCAUUGGCCACAUGAGGAGCUCGUCUGACCUUCACUUUGGCCAGACCCUUGGAUCUGCUUCCCCUAGCACAGCCCGAAGUCGAAUCACGAAGUACAGUACAGUACAAUAUGCUAAGUAGCCAGGAUCCCAGCACCGUUUUUCUCAGCAGUUGUGAUUUAGGUUUAAUUCCCACCACCAAAGAGCUAACAACAUCAUUUAUGAUGCACAACUUGGUGCUUCGGUAGUUGUGGAGCAAGGUGAGAAAAAUAGGUGAAAACAGUGCUGCUGGGCAAGAGCUCUCCAUGGCAUUUGUAAACGUUUUUGUUACAUUAAUACUAAUGGAGUCAUGACAGGGAACUAAAACUUGAUUCAGGGUUUUCUUCACUUCUGUGUGGCCUGUAGCGCAUCUCUAGCAUGUGGAAGAAAUAAAACUCAGUCGUGUCAAAAUGUGGGUCUUCUGAUGGCAAUUGACAGAAUUCUCUCACUCUUUUUUCAUAUGCCAUGUAGUUCAGGCAACAUUUAAAAAGAACUAAAUACGCCAUAUGUAUUCAUCUAUGUGGGACAAAUUUGGAAUUUGUGCCAAGUGCCCUGUCCAUUUCACAGAUAUUAUAAAUGAAAAUCCAACCACAUAUUCAUACCAGGGUUAACCAUUAGAGGAAAAGAUUCUGGUUACACAGUAAAGUCCACUAGCCACCAAUCACUCCUAGUUUAGUGACCACCCUAGGUAAAAUAAAAUUCAAAAUAGGAAAUGUUUUCUGGGAGGGAUAUUGCAUAGGAGAAUGACAAUGGGAUGAGAUCCUUUGGGGUAAACUGGGAUUGUCUUGGCCUGUGUCUUGAGAUGGGGCUGCAGCUAAAAUUUUCAUGGAGUGUUCGUUUCUAGUGUAGGUGCAAUAUCAAUUGCUUUGCCUACUGGUGAGGUUGCAGGAUAUCACACUCAUUUCCCCCUUUACUGCUGCGGCUCUGACUUAAUAAAGGAGCCACAAAGAAGUACACCCUGCCAAGCGUACUUCUCAUAUUGCAGCAAGUGACAACUGACAUCGCCAUCCUCAUUAGCGGUAGAGGACCUUCCAAGGAGGCAGAUGGGAACAGCACUGUAUUUUCAUAUGGUUUAUAUUUAUGUUCAGCUUCUUCAUUUUACAUCCCCUAAGUUAAAAUGAUUUACUUAAACUGAGCUGUAUGGUUAAAUUGGGAAAGUUUUAUAAACAAGAUCAUAAAAAAUGUUUUUAGAACAUUUAAAAUGUUUAAUGGUGUAACUUGGAAUUUUUCCCUGAAGUAAUAAGGUACUAUUAGUUUGAAUUGAGUUUAGUACUUUUUUAAACAACCCUUUGAUGCUAUUUUGAAGGGUCAGCUAGGAAUUCUUAACAGAGUUGACAAUAUUGUGUUAAUAAAAUGAAAUUAUACUAGACAACCCUAUUUCCUUAUUCUCUCCCUUCCCAACUGAAUUUUUUCACUAGCAUAAAUUCUACAUUCCUGAUUUGAUUUGUCAAUGCACUCUUGGAUUUUUACACACUCCAAUUUACAGAUUCCAGAUUAUAUCCUAUGAUAUAUUUUUCCACCUUCAAAAUUUAGUGAUAUAUUUAUAACAUGUCAUUUAUGUGUGUUUGCUAUAUAGUGUUACCUGUUUAAAUGUCUGUAAAUCGAAUCAAAGCAUUCUUAACUAGAGGUAAAUUUUCCAUUGCAUGGUAGGGGAAUAUUUCUUCUCCUUUCUAAACUCAGUAUUAUUAUGAGUUUCACUAAAGUAAAACUGUAUAUGACAAAAUAUUUUAAGGGUUAAUACUCCCAAUUACUCAAAUUUCCCAGAGUCCUGCAAGAUCAAAGACCAUUCAACUUCCAAUACUCGUGAAAGAGGUCUGGGGAAUAAAUUAUUUUACCCAGAGCUAUUUUGCUCUAUGUUAUAGCAGAAGGUGUCAAUAUUUUCAAAGCCACAAUAUACAUCUUAUUUUAACACUGUAGCCUACAUAAAAUCAUAAUGUUCUGUAGCAUGCUGAAAUGCA